CCGCAGCGGACGGUCAAAUUCUCCGUGCUCGUUCCACGGAAUCGUGUCGCGCUGAUGGGCUUCUGACUUGGCUGUUGAAAAUCUGAACAUCGUCACCGUAAGGCGCAGCAUCUUUUUCAUCUAACUGUCAUCCAUGAGAUUCUUCAGGCUUACCUUCAAGUGCUUCGUCGACUGCUUUUGAAUUUCUAACCCCUCCUCCCCCUGGACUGCUGAACUGACCGCGGCGCUUUGUGAAAAUAAAACAACAACAACAAAAUCAAUCUCUUUGGCUUGAUCAUCAUCACAAAACUGCGAUUUAUUUAUUUAUUUUUUUUUUAGAUUUCAGAAAGGCGGAAUUUAAAAGGAAAAAAAAAAAAAAAAAUAAGAACAGCGCUGCGCACCGGCUGCAUCUCUGUGUCUGCGCCUCUGAGCCUGCUGGGUCCACCAGCCAAAAUUAACAGAGACCUGCCCUGACAAAAUAAUAAUAAUCAAAUAUCUGAAUUAUUGUUGAACAGCUGCCCAACACCAUGUCACCAGAGUCGGAAGAGAACAGUCAAGGUGACAUCCAUCUCCCCCAGAUGGAGGCAGGGACCCUCUCUGAGGAGGAGGGAGGAGGUUCUGCUCGCCCUCUGGUUUCUUUGCACAGAGGCGGUGCAGGUUGUGGUGACAGCAGAGGAGCAGGCCCACCACAAACCCAGGAUGGGACUGUGGUUGGAAAUGGGACUGUUGCACUACCAGCAGUAGAGCGAGAAACGUGGACCAGACAGAUGGACUUCAUCAUGUCCUGUGUGGGUUUUGCUGUGGGCUUGGGCAACGUGUGGCGGUUCCCUUACCUGUGCUACAAAAAUGGAGGAGGGGUCUUCCUGAUCCCUUACUUGCUGUUUGUUUUCAUUGGGGGCAUCCCGGUCUUCUUCCUGGAGGUUGCUUUGGGACAAUUCAUGAAGCAAGGAGGAGUUUCAGCAUGGAACAUUGCACCUCUUUUCAAAGGUUUGGGGCUGGCCUCUAUGGUUAUUGUGUUUUUCUGUAACACCUACUACAUCAUGAUUCUGGUGUGGGGACUCUACUUCCUCUUCCACUCCUUCGCUAACCCGCUGCCCUGGGCCACCUGUGGACAUCCGUGGAACACAGCUAACUGUACACAGGACUUUCGCCGCACCUGCCCAAACCGCAGCGCUGUCCAGCCAGCUGUGCCAUUAUCUGCUGACACGUCCACCAGUCUCCUCUCUUCCACUUCACCCUUUAACCUCUCCUUGGCCCAGCUUUCUCUCAAUGGCAGCUGCAUGGAAGCCGAGGGCAUGCGCUCCCCAGUCAUCGAGUUUUGGGAACGUAAAGUGCUCCGUCUGUCUGGUGGGCUCCACGAGCCUGGUGACAUCAGCUAUGAGAUGGUGCUGUGUCUUAUAGCCACGUGGGUCAUUGUUUACUUCUGCAUGUGGAAAGGCGUUAAAUCAACUGGCAAGGUUGUCUACUUUACAGCUCUGUUCCCCUACGUGGUUCUGGUUGUUCUUUUGGCCCAUGGAGUCACUCUGCCGGGGGCUUUAGAUGGGAUUGUGUACUAUCUGAAGCCGGACUGGUCCAAACUUGGAGAAGCACAGGUGUGGAUUGAUGCUGGCACUCAGAUUUUCUUCUCGUAUGCCAUCGGACUGGGUGCCCUGACUGCACUGGGCAGCUACAACCGCUUCCAUAACAACUGUUACCAGGAUGCCUUUGUACUGGCCCUCAUUAACAGUGGAACCAGUUUCUUUGCUGGUUUUGUGGUUUUCUCUGUGUUGGGCUUCAUGGCUGCAGAGCAAGGCGUGAACAUCAGUAAGGUAGCGGAGAGUGGUCCAGGUCUGGCCUUUAUAGCUUACCCCAAGGCUGUGACGCUGAUGCCUCUGGCGCCACUGUGGGCAGCGCUUUUCUUCUUUAUGUUGCUCAUACUCGGGCUCGACAGCCAGUUUGUAGGUGUGGAGGGUUUGAUAACAGGAAUCAUGGACAUGCUACCGCCUAAAUCUGCCCUGAGCUCCCUGCGGCGAGAGGUGGUGGCAGCCAUCUGCUGCAUCAUCUGCUUUCUUAUCGACAUGUCCAUGGUCACUGAGGGAGGGAUGUAUGUCUUCCAGCUCUUUGAUAACUACUCAGCCAGUGGCAUCACUUUGCUGUGGCAGGCCUUCUGGGAGUGUGUCGUGAUCGCAUGGGUUUAUGGUGCAGAUCGGUUCAUGGAUGAUGUGGCUCGUAUGAUUGGUUAUCAGCCCCUCCCCUACAUGAAGUGGUGCUGGUCCUACAUCACACCUUUAGUCUGUGCGGGCGUCUUCCUGUUUCAUGUGGUGAACUACAAGCCCCUGACCUACAACACAGUCUACACGUACCCCAUGUGGGGUGAAGCGCUUGGCUGGGGGCUGGCCCUCUCCUCCAUGCUCUGUAUCCCGCUAACUGUACUUUAUAAACUACUGCGCUGCAAAGGAUCUCUGCGUGAGCGGUGGCAGUACCUAACCACCCCGGUACUGGGCAGACACCACCUGGAGUACCUGGCCCCAGAGAGCGAGGCCAAACUGCUGCCCCCCGCAGGAACCAAGACUACACUGCUUUUUGAGAGUGUCAUCUAAUGGGCCAAUGUCAAAAAUUUACAAACAAAUUAGAAAGUGCAUGCAGAUCACACUAGCCCAAUAAGAUACACAACCCAGAAUAGAUACACAUCCAACACUAUCAAACCUAAGGAAACACCCUAGAUGAAUGGACCAAAGAUUAAAUCGGAGGAUCUAAAACACACACACAUACACACACACACACACGCAGUGACAGUAAGCUCAUAUUCCCUCCGCUCUGCUUUUCUAACUACCUCGCUGACUCUGCCCUCUCGUUCUGCUCCCGUCUUUGUGCUGUCUUGUCCUGUCUGGUCCUGUGUCGCUGUGGUAUCUUCCCUGUUCCCACCUCUCUGUCAGGGUUCCAUAAGCCUCAUGCAAAUCUGUCAUACAUGUCAUCUACUAAAUGAGUAUUCUCUGAAAGAUUCUAAUGAAACUUUCUAAAUGAAAGGCCUAAUGUCUGCUGCUGAUACGAGAUUCUGCUGCUGCUGCUGAGUUUUGGAGGAUGCGUUGUACGGUAUGGGUCUUAGUGUUCCUGUGUUUCUCAACAUUACUUUUGGAGAUUGUGUCUCCGACAACUGUAUUCUCUUAAUUAAAUGUGUAAAAAAAUAC